AUGGUGAACAUUCCUAAAACCCAUGGAACUUUCUGUAAGAAAUGUGGCAAGCAUCAAUCCCACAAAGAAACACAGUACAGGAAGGGCAAGGAUUCUCUGUAUGCACAGGGAAAGCUGCCUUAUGACAGGGAGCAGAGUGGCUAUGGUGGGCAGAUUAAGCCAAUUUUCCAAAAAAAGGCUAAAACUACAAAGAAGAUUAUGCUGAGCCUUGAAUGCGUUGAGCCUAACUGCAGAUCUAAGAGAAUGCUGGCUAUUAAGAGAUGCAAGCAUUUUGAACUGGGAGGAGAUAAGAAGAGAAAGGGUCAAGUGAUCCAAUUCUAA